AGUCCCUGCUCGUGACUGAAGACAAGAACAUGAUAUUAUGAACGCAGAUGUCACAGAGAAAAUUAUACAUGUAUAUCAUUAUAUAUGUAUGUCCAGCAUUUUAUCACAGAUUAACGAUUUUUAAUGAUGCAUAGUCCAUCAGCAAAAGAGUCCACCCAGUAAAUAUAUAAAAUAACAACAUGUCAGUUAGUAGGAUUCGAACCUACUGCACAAACUCACAUAUAAUUUUACUGUCUGUGACAUUGAAAGAACAUUCACGAGUGCACAUUUUAUUUAUUGAUUGAUUGAUUGAUUGAUUGAUUGAUUUCUUUUUAUUCUAUUUCAGUCUCAUAUUGCACAUGUGCCGUGAAGAUUUAUCCUGGUAAAACCAAAACUUACAGACAACAAAAUAAGUGAUGAGCACUGGCUAGACAGACGUAUCUAACAAUGUCAGUCACUGUUGAUCACAAAGGUUUCAAAUGUGAAGUCUGCUUUAAAUGUUUCCCAACCAAGAGAAAGUUAGAAGUACAUAUUCGCGUGCAUACUGGAGAGACUCCUUUCAAAUGUGAAAUGUGCAAAAAAUGUUUUACGUCUAAAUGCUACUUAAGAAAGCAUAUGUCCAUUCAUAAUACUGAAAAAGGUUUCAAAUGUGAAGUGUGCACAAAACGUUUUGCUCGCAAAUGCAGCUUAAAACAGCAUAUGCUUAUUCAUACAGGUGAAAAGCCCUUUAAAUGUGAAGAGUGCACAAAGAGUUUUACAAACAAUGAUUCCUUAAAACGGCAUAUGUUGAUUCAUACUGGUGAAACACCUUUCAGAUGUGAAGUGUGCACAAAAUGUUUUACAUACAGCUCCACCUUAACACGGCAUAUGUUGAGUCAUACUAGUGAAAAGACGUUAAAAUGUGAGCUGUGCACAAAACGUUUCAAACACAAUAUAACCUUAAAAUACCAUAUGUUCACUCAUACUGGUCAAAACCCUGUCAAAUGUGAAGAGUGCUCAAACAGUUUUACAAACAAUGAUUCCUUAAAACGGCAUAUGUUGAUUCAUACUGGUGAAACACCUUUCAGAUGUGAAGUAUGUACCAAAUGUUUUACAUACAGCUCCACCUUAACACGGCAUAUGUUGAGUCAUACUAGUGAAAAGACGUUAAAAUGUGAGCUGUGCACAAAACGUUUCAAACACAAUAUAACCUUAAAAUACCAUAUGUUGACUCAUACUGGUCAAAACCCUUUCAAAUGUGAACUCUGCACAAAAUCUUUUAGAAAUGAUUACCUUUUAAAGGAGCAUGCAGUGAUUCAUUCUGAUGAAAGACCUUACAAAUGUGAAAUGUGCUCAAAACAGUUUAAAUACAUUACCAGCUUAAGACAGCAUAUGUUUUGUCAUACUGAUGAAAAACGUUUCAAAUGUGAAGUGUGCACAAAAUGUUUUACACGCAGUUCCUGCUUAAAAGUGCAUAUGUUGAUUCAUACCGGCGAGAAACGUUUCAAAUGUGAAGUGUGCACAAAACGAUUUGCAUCCAGUGGCCCGUUAAAACAACAUAUGUUGAUUCAUACCGGCGAGAAACGUUUCAAAUGUGAAGUGUGCACGAAACGAUUUGCAUCCAGUGGCACGUUAACACAUCAUAUGUUGAUUCAUACCGGCGAGAAACGUUUCAAAUGUGAAGUGUGCACGAAACGAUUUGCAUUCAGUGGCACGUUAAAACAUCAUAUGUUUAUUCAUACUGGUGAAAAACCUUACAAAUGUGAAGUGUGCACAGAAUGCUUUACACACCAUACCAGCUUAAAACGCCAUAUGUUGCGACAUACUGGUAAAUAACUUUCCAAAUGGAAAGUGUGCACAAAAUGUUUUAUACACAGGAAAAGCUUAAAACGGCAUAUGUCGAUUCAUGCUGGUGGAAAAACCUUUCAGUUCUGAAAUGUUUGCAUAGGCGUCGGAAGAUGCUGGUUAAAUAGGCAGAGCAAUAUGGAAGGGUCGUAAUAUAUAUAAGAAUUAUAUAAGUCGCCUGAUGUGCGAUCGAUCUAGGACCGAUUCCCGUUUGUGGGCCCAUUGGUCUAUUUCUCGUUCCAGCCAGUGCUCCACAACUGGUGUAACAAAGGCCGUGUUAUGUACUAUCCUGUCUGUGGGACGGCACAAUUUCUAGCGAAGGGGUCAUGUUAUAGCCCAUGUUGUUGCCGACGACAAAAAGGGUCACACAUGCUGGACCAUUUUGUCGCCAUUCAACCAUUUUUGUCGCCAGUUCAGCAAUACGUACAUUCGAGGCCAACUGUAUAGCUAUUAUAACUCUGGUUGAUUGAUCGAGAAAUGAUUUUUUGUUUUGUUUUUUCCAACUCUAUGUGUAUAUGAAUGGUUUUCUUUGUCAGAUUCCAGAUGAUGAUUUUUUUUUUUAUAAUGGCAUUACUGAUUACCUGAUAGAUUCCUUUAAUAUCCUUAUAAUAAUUAAUACCCGCUCUCUCUCUCUCUCUCUCUCUCUCUCUCUCUCUCUCUCUCUCUCUCUCUCUCUCUC